CCGGCCGGGCCCUCAUUUGGGCCUGAUUCGCAAUCUGUCUGAGUAGCAAUCAUGGCGACCUCCGAGGCGAGCAACGUGACACUGACAGGUGGUACAAGCGAAGGGGUAGAAUCCGACGAGGCUAGCGACUUGUCUGACACAAGUUACAGUGAUGAAGAGUCAGCUAGUGAAGAGGAACAAGAAAAAGCAGAAUCUGAUGAAACAACAGCACCGAAACCCAAGACCAUUGUAUGCGAUGACAUGGUGACAAGACUGAGCUGUCACCCCAAUGACAACAUACUGGCUGCAGCUAUGAUGGAUGGCACCGUCAAACUUUUUUCCUACUCCUGUGAGACAUCCAAUGAAGAGAUCUUGUCUCUCUCCGCACAUCAGAAGGCCUGCCGUGGAGUAGCAUUCUCUGAAGAUGGCAAAACCUUAUUCACAAUAUCGAGAGACAAGUCGCUCAGGGUGUUUGACGUCAGCACGGGUCACACCUCCCAGCAGUUCAUCAAGGCUCAUAGCAGCCCGCUCUACUGCCUGCUGGUGGCAGACGAGAAUCUCGUCGCCACGGCAGACGACGAUGGGCAGUUCAAAGUCUGGGAUCUGAGAAAGAAACAUGCAAUCAUGGAAGUGAAAGAGAACGAAGAUUACAUCAGUGAUAUGGCCAUUGAUAAGGCCAAACGCAUCAUUGUGGCCAGCAGUGGCGAUGGUACAAUGUCAACCUUCAACAUCCGACGAAGGAAGUUUGUGAUGCAGUCAGAGAACGUCCAGAAUGAAAUGAUGACCGUCGCAAUAGUCAAGGAUGGCAAGAAAAUCGUCUGCGGCGCGAGCGACGGCGCCCUCAACAUCUACAACUGGAACGAGUUUGGCGAUCUGAGCGACCGCUUCCCGGGACACCCCCAGUCAGUGGACACCUGUGUCGCACUGACCGACAGCAUGGUCUGCACUGGAAGCAUGGAUGGAAUGAUAAGGGCUGUCAACAUCCUACCCAACCGGUUCCUGGGUGUCAUCGGUGACCACGAUGACUUCCCCAUCGAGUCCCUGGCCCUCUCGGCGGACAAGCAGAUCCUGGCCAGCUGCUCCCACGACCAGAAGAUCAAGUUCUGGAACGUGGCACACCUCCUGGCGAAGGAGGUGGACCCCCACGCCAAAGCCGAGCGCAAGAAUAAAUUCAGGCACUUUGACGCCAAAGGGAAACACGAGAACUUUUUUGCAGGAUUAACGUAGCACAAACCACAUUUAGUUAGUUUGUAAUUCGGAUAUAAAAUUGUUUCGUUUUUUUUUUUUUGCAUUAUACAAUAUAUAUGUACAGUGUACAUAAUUACAAUUUGAAGGUAUGCUGACGGUUUUUAACCUUCUCACAAAGCGACUUUCAUCAGAUCUUGGCCAUGAAGUGGCAGAUUUUCCCCACAGUUUGCUCUGCUUGAACAUGCUUUGAUAAGGCUUUUUCCAAGGACAAUCAACCUGCAGGAGACGUUGGGGAAUCUUGACUGAAAGGGGCAGGUCCUCAUGGGAGGAGCUACAACUUGGUAAUGCACCUGAUUGUUUUCUUUUUUCUAUAUCUUGGAGGACCUCAAGCUUGAUCAACCAGUUGAAAAGUUUUGAACGGUCCACAUUGCAUACACUUUGAUAUAAUAUUGCAUGUGUUUUUAAAUUAAAAGAUCUCUGCAACUGUCAUCAGUAAUUGGAGAUGCGAUAUUUUGCAGUUGUUUCAAGUUCCUAGUAAUAUAAAGUCUUUUCAGCAAAAAGCCCACUCCUAAGCUUUCCUGUCCAAGCCCCCAGUUCCAUUAUUUUAACCACAAGAAGUGCCUCUAGGUGACAUUACUCACAAUGCGAUGUGUGCUUGUAAUAUCAUAUGUGACCUCUUGCUGGACUCUGAGGAAGAAGUAAUCUCAUUUUCCUUUUUUUUUCAUCGCUUAAUAAGGCAUCAGUUGUCUUGCAAUGUGAUCUGUGGGUAAAGCCUCAUUUAAUCAGCCUUUUUUUAUCAGGGAAAGGGUUGAUCAUCAUAUUUACCCUUCAAGAAUUAUAUUCAGUAUAUGACAUAGAUUGUGAAUUGGAAUCAACUAUGACAUUGGAAUAAAUGAACGGUUGCCAAU